AUGGUCGCCAUGCCCACCGCCUGGUGCUCCAUCGCCCUGGCCCUGCUCCUGGCCCUGCAUGAAGGCAAGGGCCAGGUGGCUGCUGCUCCGGACCAACCAGCACCCUCACACCGCGCCCGAGCCUCCCACCUGCGGCCUCGACGUUGCUCCUGCAGCUCCUGGCUCGACAAGGAAUGUGUCUACUUCUGCCACCUGGACAUCAUCUGGGUGAACACUCCCGGGCCUGAAGCCGUGGUGGUCCCAGGCAGUGGACCCCCUCCAGACGUGUUCCAGGCUGGCAGGACACGGCCGUCGGCAGGAGAGCUCCUCCAGCAGCUGAGGGACAUUUCUGCAGCCAAGAGCCACUUUGCUAGGCGACAACAGGUGGCAGUGAGGGAACUGAGGCCUACACACUCCAGGCGGAGGAAGAGAUAG